AUGGCAAGCUAUGCCAUACAAAUGGCCGGACUGGUGCUGGGUGGCGUUGGCAUGGUGGGCACCAUCGCUGUCACGAUCAUGCCUCAGUGGAGAGUGUCUGCCUUCAUCGGAAGCAACAUCGUGGUCUUCGAAAACCUGUGGGAAGGACUGUGGAUGAACUGCAUGAGGCACGCGAACAUCAGAAUGCAGUGCAAAGUCUACGACUCGCUGCUGGCUCUCCCCCCGGACCUGCAGGCGUCCAGAGGCUUGAUGUGUGCGGCGUGCGUGCUCUCCUUCUUGGCUUUCAUGACGGCCGUCCUGGGCAUGAAGUGCACCAGGUGCACGGGGGAGGACCAGAGAGUGAAGGGCUACAUCCUGCUCACGGCCGGAAUCAUCUUCAUCGUCACGGGCGUCGUGGUGCUCAUCCCCGUGAGCUGGGUGGCCAAUUCCAUCAUCAGGGAUUUCUACAACCCCAUAGUGGAUGCGGCCCAAAAACGUGAGCUGGGAGAAGCCCUCUACCUGGGCUGGACCACGGCCCUGGUGCUCAUCGCGGGGGGAGCACUGUUCUGUUGUGUUUCUUGCUCCGGCGGGAAGAGUGGCAGCUACCGAUACUCCAUCCCGUCCCAUCGCACCACCCCCAAAAGCUAUCACACGGGGAAGAAGUCACCGAGCGUGUACUCGAAAAGCCAGUACGUGUAG